UGUCUCUGUACUAAUUCGGUGUAAACAAAACCCUAGCAAAUAAAAAUUUCCAAUAAUUCCCCAUUUCUCCCAAUCUUAAACUUUCUCCUUUAAGGUGGGUUCGUUCAACCCGACCUCUAGAGCUCGGAUUCGAGCUCAAAAUGGGAUCUUGGAGGGUUUUGUACGCUCAAUUGGCCUACUGAUGGCUCUCAUUCUAUUGGCUCUCUUCUUUGUGAUUCAAUCUUCGGCUUCAGCUGAGACCCAUUCGAGGGUUUGCGGAUUGGAUCGAGUUGGGUAUGUGAAAUCAUCAGAUGGGUACUUGCUGUUUGUCAAUGAGAAGAGGGUAGAAGACGAAGUUCUGAUUUGUGAGGUCUUGGAUUUCUAUUUUGGGAAUGGUUGUCUGUUUGUUGAUGAAGAAUGGGGAAGGAUUGGGGAAAAAUACUGCGAUGGAGAUCUUAGCCGUCAGCCAAGCGCAAUUUCUGGUAGAAAGCUAUUGCAUCAAUCAGCAAAUACCUCCGACUCUUAUCAGUUAAAUAGAAAGGAUCAAAAGGAAAAGAAGACUUUGACACCGGCAAAAAUGGCUCUGGCAAUACCAGGAGUUUUCCUUUUGUGUUGUGCUAUAGUUUGCCCAUGCUUCCAUGCUAAGAAGAAAGAACCUAGCGAGCAGAACAUGAUGUCUACAGAGAUGGACUUAAUGGAUGUGGUUUCGGCUAUGGAUGCAAGCUCGGGCUCAGUAAAACCCCCACCAUCUCCAAUGAGAGUACCUCCAAGUCCAUCUCGGUUCUCAAUGUCACCACAACUGAACAGAAUUGGAUCUGUGCGUCUCAGUGUUAAUCAGAUUAUGAAAGCUACGCAUAAUUUUUCACCUUCACUAAAGCUUGGUGAUGGUGGAUUUGGCACUGUCUACAAGGCUGUUUUGCCAGAUGGUCAGAUUGUUGCUAUCAAGCGAGCGAAGAAGGAACAUUUUUCGUCUCUAAGAGAUGAAUUUAGCAAUGAAGUUGAGCUACUCACUAAAAUUGAUCACAGAAAUUUAGUGAAGUUACUUGGAUACACUGAAAGGGGAAAUGAGCGUAUAAUCAUUACCGAAUAUGUUUCAAAUGGUACUCUAAGAGAGCAUCUGGAUGGUCAGCAUGGAAAAAUUCUGGAUUUUAAUCAACGACUGGAAAUAGCUAUAGACAUUGCUCAUGCUCUAACUUAUCUUCAUCUAUAUGCAGAAAAGCCAAUAAUCCACAGAGACGUGAAGUCAUCGAACAUCAUGCUAACAGAAAGCUUUCGAGCCAAAGUAUCUGACUUCGGUUUUGCUAGAAUAGGUCCAACAGAAUCAGAGCAAACCCAUAUCUUGACCAAAGUGAAAGGAACAGCCGGGUACCUUGAUCCAGAAUACCUCAAGACUUUUAAGCUGACACCCAAAAGUGAUGUGUACUCCUAUGGUAUUUUGCUUAUUGAAAUUCUUUCUGGACGCCGCCCUGUAGAGAUGAAGAGGAGUACUGAUGAAAGGAUUACUGUCCGAUGGGCUUUCAAGAACUAUAAUGAAGCGAAUGUGAUGGCGAUAUUGGAUCCAUUGUUGAAGGAUGCAGUAGAUGGGAGAGUGGUAAUGAGAGUGCUUGGUUUGGCUUUUGACUGUGCUGCUCCAACUCGAGCAGAUCGUCCAGCAAUGAAAGAAGUUGUAGAGCAGCUGUGGGAGAUAAGGAAGUACUAUGGAAGAAGUCGAGGAGGAGGAGGAGGAGGAGGUUGAAGCAGGUACAGUAUAAUUUGCUUCAUGACAGUGAUGAGAUGAGCUUUCAUGUCAUUAUUAUUAUUUUUUUCUUCUCCAAAUUUGUUAAAAAACUGAAAAUUCAAUAUAUGAUACACAUCAUACACAUUUUCUUAGGAUAUGACAGGUUUUAUGUUUGUAAUUUAUGAAGUGUUGGUUACAGAGAAAAUUGCAGUAUGUCAAUGGGAUUCACAUUUAAAUGUUUCAUUGCGA